UGCAUUUGAGGCUCUACGUGGCUCAUAUACCAUUACUGUUCUUUGGCAUUUAAUAGGCACAAGUGUUACAGUAGAAAUCAGAAUUGAGAAUCUCUCAAGACAAUGAAUCAAUUUAGGGCUCCUCAAUUUGCCGCUAUUGGGAUCGCUGCAAGAAAAAGGAGGAGCCAGAUUUCACACCGAUCUAUACCUGAGUCACAGCCACUCUCUGAUAGAUCUCCCAUGCCAUCAACUCCACUUUCAGAUGAAAUGAGUAAAGUGUCAAGUGAUGAGAAUAUCGGAGAUGCUAAUUCUAGAGGGAAAAUUUUCAAUCUUAAUCAGUGUAUAUCGAGGGGCUUUCCAGCGAGUGGAUCUGAUGGUGGACCAAAUGUGUUAUUCAGUAAUGGUGUACUGGGGGAUGCAACGGCAAAUGAGAACAAGCCGAAAAAGGUUACGUUGAAGGUUGGUGGUGUAAUGCACACGAUUCAAACCAAAUCCAGUUCCAACUGUUCAUCAAGCGAUGGGUCUUUGGCUAAGAUCGAUCAAUCGUCAAACAUUGGUCGAGCAAGGCAGAAUCUCGUUAUACAGGAGAAUUCAUAUCGUGAUCAUUCUACAUCUCUAGAUAGAAAAAGUAGUUUGCAAGGGAUCCCGUGGAAGGAUUUCUCUGGAGGCGGCUUUAAUCUUGGGAAGGAGGACAUCAAUAAGAUGCCUGCAAAAAAUGCCUUUGAGAAGCAAGGGGAGAAGUUGGUUCCAGUUCGUAAGAGUAAGAGGGCUCCUAAGAGACAUGUUUUGGAUGAGGAAUUUGAUGAGGAUGAUGAUGCUGAAAUUCGGUACCUCAAGAAACUGAAGAAUGCAAAGGUUGGAAGAUACAAAGAUUUGGAGACUGAAUCAACAAAAUACCAACAUAAUCUUCCGAGGAUCCCUAAGAAAUUCAAUUCUGAGAGUGCAGUUGAAGGCAUUGAUUAUGAGGAUGAACUGUUGUCUGAUGGUGAGCCUGAGGGUAAGAAGAAGAAAAAACAAAAGGAUCUCUCAGAUAUACAAAUUGAAAGCAAGAGGGAGAUGACUCUCACAACCCGCCAGCGAGCCCUUUUAUCCGGCAAGGAUGCCUCCUCACCUGGCGUGAGUCAAAUUGAAUUCCCGGAUGGUUUACCACUACCACCUCGAAAGCAAAAGGAGAAACUCUCAGAAGUCGAGCAGCAAACAAAAAAAGCAGAGGCCGCUCAGAAACGUAAAAUUCAAAAUGAGAAAGCGGCUCGGGAGUUGGAGGCUGAGGCAAUUAGAAAAAUUCUCUCUCAAGAUUCUAGUAGAAAGAAGAAAGAAGACAAAAGAAAGAAGCGCCUGGAAGAGUUGGCACAGGAGAAGGUUGCUAAUGCAAAGACACUUGCAUCAAAUACAAUUAGAUGGACUAUGCAGUCUACUGGUACCAUUGUUACUUUCCCACAAGAUAUGGGUUUGCCUAAAAUUUUUGACUCCAAACCCCUCAGCUAUCCUCCUCCUCGCGAAAAGUGUGCUGGUCCUUCUUGUACAAAUCCUUACAAAUACCGUGAUUCAAAGUCGAAGCUUCCUCUUUGCAGUCUCCAAUGCUACAAGGCAAUUCAUGAAAAAAUGCAAUCUGAGAAGGCCUCCUAAAAAUGUGUGUCUUGCAAUUGAUGUAGUUUAUGCAGCUAUUCCUGCACAUUUAUGUUAAUAUAUAGAGGCAUUGGAGACCCAAUGAAACCAAGUGUCUUUUACAUAAUGUAGAAAUAAUAUAGUAAUCAAGAUAGUGUUGGCAAUUGAAAUUGAACUUGCUAGAAAGAUGGUAUGUUUUGUCAGGUGGAUUAAGACACACUAUGUACCAAACAUGCUCGGAAAUUUUCUUUUAUUAGAGCAACUGAACUCAUUUUUA